AUGAGAAAAAUAUGGCGCCAUAUGACGAAUACAACAUCAAAUAACGAAUCGAACACAUACUCGCAGCUCGCAUCGACAAAAACACCACCAACAACACCGGUAAUUCCGCCGGUGUCUGUUGUGCGCAACGGUAAUCCUGUGCUUUGUGACUGCGAUGUGAGAUCGCAGCUCGAAGAAGAAGCAAUCGCAGCUGUUCGAGAAUUUUCAUAUGCCGUGCACUCAGUUUGUAUUUCCGAAAUGCUCCCACGUACCAGUGAACUACUUUUUUUGAACCUUACAACAUUGGAACAGGUCACAUACUGUAUUGAGUUGACCGGAAAAGGCUGGCGAAUUGCAAGCAAUCGAGCCGAUUGUAUGAAUGGCGAUUUCCGACAACUGCAUAUGCAUACAAAGUACUUCGAAUCGCUGAAUCAGCUGCUCGAUACGGUAUCGCCGUCCUAUCGGCAGCGAUUCGGAGGGAAUUUGAACUUUGUUAUCAUCAGCCAAUUUUCUUGUUGUUACAAUGCCAUCAUUGCUUUAAAAAAACAUGCAUUUUCUAGUUUUAGAAAAACGGGUAAAAUGGGUGAUGUUCGAUGGCGGAUGCUGAGUUUGGCUGCCGUGGUAGUGUGGAUGAUCGCAAUGCCUGUUGACUGUUCAUUUGGUGCAAUGUCAAUAGAUUUGGGCAGUCAGUUCUUGAAGGUGGGUCUCAUAAAACCUGGCGUGCCAAUGGAAAUUGUUUUGAAUAAGGAGUCGCAUAGAAAAACACCAAAUCUGCUGUCUAUUCGUAACGGCGAAAGACUCUUCGGUGAUGCUGCUCAAGGUAUUGCUGUACGAUAUCCAUCCAGCGUCUAUGGACAUCUUUUGGAUUUAGUUGCAAAGCAUAUUGAUCAUCCAUCUGUAGAAAUAUUUCGCCAGCGAUUCCCUCAUUUGAAAGUUCAUAAGCAUGUCAACGAGAGUACCGUGGUGUUUCCUAUUGGAGAAACAAAUUAUCCGGUAGAAACGCUUCUGGCAAUGAUGCUGACAAAUGUGAGAGAGUUCACUGAAGCCUUUGCUGAGAUGAGUAUCCGUGAUGUUGUAAUCAGUGUUCCUGCGUAUUUCACUCAAGCAGAGCGAAUGGUCAUUGAAAAAGCUGCUGAAAUAGCAAAACUGAAUCUACUGCAGCUGAUCAAUGAUGGGACCGCGGCAGCGCUAAAUUACGGAGUAUUCCGGAGAAAGGAGAUCACUGAAAAACCACAAAGACUUCUGAUAUACGACAUGGGUGCUGGUAAAACUGUUGCAACUCUUGUAGAAUAUAAAAUUGGGAAAGUGAAACAUGGAAAAGAGCCAAAGGUGACUGUACUCGGAAUUGGAUUCGAUCGGACAUUAGGAGGAUUGGAAAUGACUUUGCGGUUGAGAGAUUUACUAGUUAGGAAGUUUAACGAGCAUUAUAAAUCCAAGAAAGAUAUUACCAGCAGUGAAAGAGCUAUGGCCAAACUAUUCAAAGAAGCGGAGAGGUUGAAACAGGUCCUCAGUGCUAACGUGGAUCAUUAUGCUCAAAUUGAAAGCGUUCAUGAAGAUAUAGACAUGCGAGUGCAUGUAACUCGCGAGGAGUUCAACAGCCUAAUCAGUGAUCUAUUAAGCCGUAUGACAGUCCCAGUUGAUCAAGCCCUUAAGAUGGCCGAGCUGACUUUAGAUCAAGUAGAUCAGGUGGUUUUGAUGGGAGCGGGUACUCGUGUGCCGAAAGUGCAAGAAGAGCUGCAGAAAUUCAUUGGAAGUAAAGAGCUGGGUCGCUUCUUGAAUACUGAUGAAGCCAUAGCGAUGGGGGCGUUAUUCCAGGCUGCUCAUUUAAGCAAAGGUUUCAAGGUGAAGCCAUUUGGUAUCGAAGAGUUAGUGAUUUUCCCUAUACAGGUGAAUUUCAUCAGUAAACAGAAGCAGGAGAACGGAGAAAUUGUUGAGAAGCCGAUCACGAGACACAUUUGCCAGCUAAAGAGUAAAUAUCCAACAACCAAAAAGAUAAUAACAUUUACCUCAUACACUGACGACUUCUCAUUUGAUCUCAAUUAUUCUGGUCUGAAACAUUUUAACGAACAACAGAUUCGAGAAUUUGACUCUCUUGUGUCUCAUCUCACUACGGUAUCCGUAUCCGGCGUGGGCAAAGCACUUGAAGAGAAACACAAACCGGAACAGACAGAAUUUGUGGGAGUGAAGGUUGCAUUCCAACUGGAUUUGUCGGGCAUUUUAAGGAUUGAAAAAGCUGAAGUUGUAAUUCAGAGAAAGAGCCAAGGAGUGGUAGAAUCUGGUGGUGAUGGUGCUGGUUUGCUGUCAUCAAUCACAAAGACUAUUUCUGGUUUCUUCUCUUCGAAGACGGAAGAAGGAGAACCUACGGAAUCAGACGAUAAGAAGGAUGAUGAAGCUGCGGAAACUGUAACGACGGAAGAAAAACCCACGUCUGCUGAAGAUACUCCAUCCAGCGAUGAGGAGAAGACAACAUCAGAGGAAAAGGAAACGAAAGCUGGAGGAAAGGACGAAGGAGAGAAGAAAGAGCAAACAGAAGAGAAGAAGGACGAAGAAAAGAAGGAAGGCGAAGAUGAAACAAAAGAGAAGGUUUCAAAAGAGAAGACAGAGAAGGGGAAAGACCCGCAGAAGAAAAACAUAACAGAAACUGCAUCAACAAAAGAGAAGAGCAAAAUUCCCGAAGUUUCCAAAGUAUCUUUGAAGACGAAACAAACGUACACUACAGCUCAUUUAAUGAGCAAAACGGAUGUUGCUGAAGCAAAGAAGAUAUUGGAGCAAUUUGAAAAGCGUGAACGAAAUGCUCGUGAACGUGCUGCCGCCGAAAAUGAGUUGGAAGGCUAUGCUUUUGAGGUUAGUCAGCUGAUGGAAGAGGAGUCCUAUAUGAAGCACUCUACAGAAAAGGAGAGGAAUAAGAUUACUGAACAGGUUAAACAAAUCCGAACGUGGCUUGAAGACGAAACGACACCGGAAACGAAAACAUCCGAGUUCACUAAGCGUCACAUGACUCUCAAGGGACUCGUUCGACCGAUAAAGAAGAGAGUCGAAGAAGAACAAACUCUGGCACCAGCUCUGAAUAAUUUGGAGUCAAUGUUAAACUCUUCUAAAAUAAUGGCGAAAAUGGGUGGUGACGACGAAAAAUCGCUAUUCAACAAAUCCGAUGCUGAAGCGUUUGGAAAGAAGCUCGAAAAGUUAGAGAAAUGGCUUAACGAGGAAAAGGAAGCGCUUGCGAAACGCCAACCGCACGAAGACCCUGUCCUGAUGACGAGCGAAGUGAACACUAAGCUGAAAUACCUUGACCGUGAGCUAAAUGCGUUCAUGAAGAAAAUGAAGCAGACCAGGAUUAAGGAUGUUGAGGAAAUGUUGAAGCAAAAGGAGGAGGACAAAGAGCAGAAAAAUGAAGAGUCAAAAGAAGGUGGAAAGAAAGACGAAGAGAAGUCGAAAAAAGAAGAGGAGAAGAAAGAAGAUAAGGCUUCGAGGAGCGAAGAGCAGAAGGAGCAAGAGAAGGCGAACGAGACACCUAAGGAAAAGAUGACCGAAGAAGUCGUUAAUGACACGAAAAAUAAAGCGGAUAAGGUAGAACUGUAG